UCAUCUGCGUGGAACAACGUAAAUAACAACUGGUGGUUAGUUCUUAGGCUAGUUUCGUGCGUGAUCUGCGAAAAACCAUAUGCAGAGAAAAAAAACAAGAAGCACUGGCCUCAAGUUCACUUCAAAGGGUCCGGCUUCUUAUCGCUAAAUUUUCCAUCUACAAAUAAAGUAAGAGCAGAGAGACCAAAACAAGAAAAAAGUAGGAGCGCGAACUUGGAUGUAGAAGAUAAAAUUCCAGUCGCGUACAGGGAAUAAGACGACAGCGUGGGGAAAACAAAUAUGGUAAUCCGCUGGACCCCUUGGUAAUCCGAAAAGUAACAAAGAAAUGAUAAGAUGAAGAGUAUUUUGUCACGCCAGUGUUAAUCUGAGGAUGGAAAUUUUGUGACGAGACGGCGAUAUAGACCAGCAAGUCAUGUUGCUCGUGGAGAGCCUUAUUCGUUCCCUAAAUGGAGAAAGUGGCCACGCAAAUGGAGAGGUCAAAGACAGUGAAGAACUUCGAAAGGCUGUCACUAGUAUCGAAGGACAGGUGAAUGGUCUGACGUUAAAUCGAUCUUCUCAGAUAAUUACCAAGCCAGUAACUGUGGAUCCUUCUUUAAAGCUUCACAAUGCCACCGAUAACGGAUGCACGAAUGAUGAAAAAAGAGAUCGCUUAGAGGAAGAUUCGGAACUCAAGGGUCGAGAGGUACCGGAUGAGGAAAAUCUCACCUUGGAUUUCGAGGAACCCUCCCCAGAAGUGAUGGAGUAUGCUAGGCGGGAACUCGGCGAAAGCGACGAGGUCAAGUGCCAAACUCUUCAAGAAUUGCGCGAAAUGAUAUACGAAAGGGGAGAAUGUUUGCCACAUCGAGUGGACGAUGCCUUCCUCAUCAGGUUCCUGAGGGCACGAAAUUUUAACGUACAUCGAGCUCAUCGACUGGUAGUGAAUUACUAUAAUUUUAAAGAAGAACAUCCCGAAAUCCACGAGGGUGUGAAUCCUCUAGAAAUGAGGCACAUUGGCGACGACGAUGUGAUGACUGUACCAGCCUACCGGACUCAGUGUGGAAGAAGGAUGAUGAUCUAUAGAAUGGGAAAUUGGGAUCCAAGAAAAUACUCAAUAGAGGAACUUUUUAAAGCCACCGUAAUUAUUCUUGAAUUAGGAAUCCUCGAACCCAGAGCUCAAGUCCUUGGAGGAGUCGUUAUCUUCGAUCUCGAGGGAAUCACUAUAGGACAUGCUUGGACAAUCACACCUCAGAUUGCAAAUAUGGUUAUUGCUUUGAUGGUUACCUCCUUCCCCAUGAAGACAUACGCCAUACAUAUUCUGCACCAAUCUUGGGUGUUUGAUGCCAUAUUUGCAGUUUUCAAGCCUCUGUUGGAUUCAAGAAUGCAGGCGAAGAUGUAUUUUCAUGGUCACGACAUGAGCAGCCUUCACCGACAUGUGGCACCGACAUGCCUGCCAAAAAAAUAUGGAGGAACUCGAGAAGAGCUGCCAUAUUACAAAUGGAUCGAUUCGCUUAGUCAGGAACCGAAAAUUGUCAAAGAGAUGCAUCAAGUGGGAUACAUCAUUCCGGAAGAAUUACUCAAAACUAUACGGGAUUGAACCAAAAUAAUUCAUUCUGGUUUCUGGGAUGUUUUUUCACCAUUAGAUAGUUCAAAUUAUUGUUCUUUUUUUCUACAUUUAAUAAAUAUAGUCAAGAAAAUAAAUUUGUUUUCUAUUCAAGGUCAGAAAUAUUUAAGAGAAUAUGACAUUUUUGUGUUGCAUUUCGUUUUCCCUUAAUUGGAAUUCGAAAGUUGUAGUUUUGAUAUAAAACCUUGCUCUCUAACAACUGCGUCAGUCUGA